AUGUGGCCUGCGUCGCCGUUGCGGCCUUUUCCUGCAUGGCUGGCAUUGCUGUUUCUGGUUUCAGCUGAACAGCAUCAGUACUGCAUCAUAGGCGCUGGACCUGCUGGUGUGCAGCUGGGUCACUUCCUGAAACAUGCUCAUCGAGAUUAUGUGAUCUUUGAAAGGCAAGCUCGACCUGGCAGCUUUUUUGAGCACUACCCUAGACAUCGCAAGCUCAUCUCUCUCAACAAGCGGAAAGUUCGAGACGACCGAAGCGCAGAGUUUGCUUUCCGACAUGACUGGAACUCGCUGAUUGAUGUCCGCGAGGAAUCCUUGCGCACGAAACCCGUCACUGAGCGUUCCAAAGUGCUCUUCCCGCAUGCUUCGGUGCUUUCUGAGUACCUCCAAGAGUUCGCAGCGGAGCAGCAGGAUCACAUCCGCUACAACACCGAGGUGUUGAAGGUGCUGCCAGUGCAGUCAGCAGAAAGUCGUUUUGAGUUGCAGCUCUCAGGGACAGGUCUAACGCGCUGCCAUUGCCAAGAGCUGGUAUUGGCCACUGGGUUUUUCUUGCCACGCAGCGGGGCCGAAAAGGUGGACGGCAGCGAGCUCUUGUUGGCUUAUGAAGAUUUGCCAUCCUCAGGUGAGCCCUUUGAGGGGAAAGCUGUAAUGAUCUUAGGCCAAGGCAAUGCAGCUUUGGAGACAGCGCAGGAAUUGCAACAAUACACCUCCGAAGUGCAUUUGCUGGCGCGCGGACGGGCUUUGCCAGAGGGUGGCAGUGGAGUGCGCUUAGCGUACCAGACGCACUAUGUUGGUGAUAUUCGUGCUGGACGCACUACCAUUUUAGAUACCUAUUUGCUGAAGAGCCUGGACACAUUUGAUUUCGAUGCCUUGGACAAUGAACGCCUGGCACUCGUCCCUUGUGAAGGCAGACUUUGUGUAUGGGCUGUGGAUGCCAGUGAUUGCAUAGACCGAAGAUGUCGUGAGAACCACGAAAAGAGUGGACAAAACUUAAACUACAAGCUUCAUAUUGGGAGUGCUGCAGCUGGGUCAGAGCUUCAUGAGCGAAUGACAGAUAUUGCCACCCGCUACCCUGAAGGCACCGAGCUCGAAGACAUCGACAGCAACUUUUGGGAUGAGGGCAAUGCGCGGCUGACCUCACAUGACCUCGACACCAUGGGCCUGGAUCCUGAAGUUUUUAAUGUGAGCUACGUGGAGCUCCGUGUCAGCAGCAAGUUGCUGCGACAGGAUCCUUCUCUGGCGGCAGAAGUGGCUUUGCUGCGUCGACAAGCCGGAGGUCACGACAACAUCCGCUUCCCAAUGGAUGCAGUGAUUCGCUGCUUUGGCUGGACUUUUGACGCUGACAUUCUUGAUUCCUCCUUCCAGGUGAACUUGACACACAAUGGAAAGUAUCCGAAGAUCACUACAAGCUGGGAUGUGGAAGGAGUCCCUGGCAUGUAUGCUGCUGGCACGAUCAGUCAUAGCUUGGAUUUUCGAAAGUCUGCUGGAGGUUUCAUCCAUGGUUUUCGCUACACGUCAAGAGCCUUGUUUCGCUUACUGGAAGAAAGGAACUUUGGUACUGCCUGGCCUCAACAAAGUUGGAAGAUCGCUCUGAGCUGUGGUGUGCCAGGUGCCAUGGAUGUCCAUGACCGCCACGGCCCCCAUGGCCCCAGUGUGUCGCCCAGCUGCAUGGCUGGUGGCCUGACGGCCCCCAUGGAGCCAGUGGUCGAUCACUUGUUGGAGCGGAUCAACAGCGCAUCAGGACCAUAUCAGAUGUUUGAGUUCCUAGGAGACAUGCUGCUGUUGGAGGCCAAUGCCUCACAACUGCACCUGCGAAUGCUGGAGGAGGUCCCCUUGCUGCACUUCCAUGAGCGCUACAAGGACACAGCUCGGCUCACGUGGGUCUUCCGCUACAAUGACAACUUUCAUGGACCCGCUGUUAUGAGUCGAGAUCGCGUCGGAGCAACUCGUGUAGAGGCGGCAUCGGUGAAUCCAAUGAGGCGCACAACUCGAAGUUUCUACAUCCACACCUUGCCUUCUUUCCUGCUCACAGUGCUACUCCUACGAUGCAUUGGCUUGUGGAGGAGCAUUCCGCAUGCCUUGUGCAAGUGUUCAGAUCAGGCCGAUCCAGUGCCAUUUGCAGAGGCACGAGGCUUGCAGGAGCACAGGAUUGAACGCUCGCAUGCUCAGCAAACCACUGUGACCGAGGAGGGACGUGCUUUAGAAUCGUCGAAGUCAUGGUCGCAACUGGGUGUGGUGCCAUGCACCGUAUUGAUGAACAGCUUUUUGAGGACAUCGCAGUGGUAUCAGGCCAUCUACAUUUUCGAGCUUUUGCGCAACAGGCGUUGCUUUGACACCAUCAGUCUGAAUGUGGCCCUGAAAGCACUCGCACAAGGCCAACAGUGGAAGAAUGCUUUGGAUUGUUUGGCCAAAGUGGGGGAUCAAGUGCAGACGGAUAUCAUCACCUAUACUGCAGCGAUAAGGGCCUGUGAAGGAGACCAGUGGCAACAAGCAGUGGGAGUGUUCUGCUUGCUGUUGCAGUCUGCUCUCGAAGCCGAUGAGAUGAGUUACAGUGCUCUUUUAUCAGGCACCCCGGCCCCACGAUGGCAACAUGCAGUUUCCUUGCUGCAAAAGUCCCGACCCCUUGGUCUCCUUGAGAGUACAAUCUUGCCAUCAUCGCCAUGCUUAAACGUACUAAACGUACUUCUGAAUCUCUGCGGUCAGGAGUGGAGAUUUGUUGUCUUCAUGUUCCAGCUGGUUGCUCUCUCCAUUGCUGAUAGAAUUACCUGCAACAUUGCAAUGCGUGCUGCCGGUGCUAGCUUCAACUGGCAAUCAUCUAUUUCUUUCCUGUCUUUGAUGGAGCUACGAAGGAUUGCAAAAAACACAAUCAGUUGCAACACAGUCAUGAAUGCAUGCAGCAGCGCUGUCAAAUGGGAGCACUCCUUGUUAUUGGCCGCGGCUGUACCACACUCACGCCUUCAUGCUGAUGUGGUGACACCAAGCCUGGCCAUCUCAGCCCAUGCUGUCUUUGGCCGAUGGCAAGAUGUCCUCGUUGUGAUCGAAGAGUCUUUCCGAACUUCGCAAGGUGUGGAUGGCCCAGCACAGGCCGUGGAUGCCGUGGCGUGCAAUGCAGCCCUCAUGGCAUGUGACGAGAGGAAAUUGUCGGAAGAGUGGCAGAACGGGCAGAAUGGGCAGAACGGGCAGAAUUGGCAGAUGGUCUUGGAGUUGCUUCAUGACCUUCACGGCCGCCAGGUGCAGAGGAACAUCAUGACGUACAGCACAGCCAUUCGUUCCUGUGGCAAAGGCUCAGCUUGGCACAUCUCGAUGGAACUGUUUCAGGAAGCCCUGCUUUGGCGCGUGGAAGCGGAUGCCAUGGCCGUGAAUGUUCUCAUAACUGCCCUAGGCCGUGGUGAUCAGUGGCCAAGGGCCCUGCAGAUGCUGGCAGCCGGCAACACAGAUGUCAUUGCCUACAAUGCAUUGAUGAGCAGCUUGGAGCGGUCUAGUGAGUGGCAGGUAGCAGGGCUUCUGUUCUCAGAACUUGAUGCUGGGCGGAUGAAGUUGGACGCCUUGCCGUACAUGACGGCGAUCGGCGCCUUUUCAGAAGGGCAGCAAUGGCAGCAGACCUUGGACAUCUUGCGAAAGUUCAUGGGUUCAAACCUCCAGCUUCAGGUUUCAGUCUUCAAUGCGGCCAUCACUGCCUGUACCAAAGGAGUGCAAUGGCUCUGGGCUUUCCAACUCUUUGACCACUUGCAAGGCGUUCAGACAGAUGCCUUCACAGCCUCAGCCAGGGCGUCAGCGGCUGCAGCUUCGAAGAAAUGGGAGCACGCCGUGAAUGUUUUUGUGAACUCUAGGGCAGCUGCAGUGGAGACAUCGGUCCAUGCUUGCAGCGCGGCCUGCAGUGCCUGCUACUCCUGGGAGAGCGCCCUCGCGCUUCUUCAAGCUUUCGAGAAUCAGGCAGUGAGUAGCAAUGUGAUUGCUUACAAUGCUGUGAUGACGGCCUCCGAAACCCGCAGCCACUGGAAUGGCGUCCUUCAACUGUUGCAAGACAUGGGGGUGAUGGGAAUGGCAGCGGAUUCCACUACGUUCAACAUGUUGAGCAGUUCAUGUGGCAAGUCUUUUGUAUGGCCAAGAUCACUCUACUGGGCAGCAGAUCUGAUGGGACAGGACGCAGCUCUGGUGGCCUGCGCCAGUGCAGGAGAGUUUGCCCACGGAGCAGAGAUCCUGUUGCAGUCUGAGCAGCUUCGAAGCAGCUUUUCCUUCCUGUGGUCUUUGUCAGUGUUGUGCAUCCACGAUGGCGCAGUGAUCCACUCGGCCUGUGUAGAGGCAGUGAAAAGAUUGAAAAGCACCACUGCUAGCAAGACUGGCACCAGUGGCACCAGCCCUGGAGAUGCUGCCCUCUUCUUGUACAGUACGAAUAUGCUGGGAAUGCUGGGAAUACGUCGAGGUUUGGGCACGCACAGCAUUGCUUUGGAAGUGAUUCAAAGCAAUCUUGAGAACUUGGAGCUUGACACUCUAGUCAUGUCCGCUUGGGGUGCUGUGAGCUGUGGCAGCUUCGAGUUUUACCAUUCUUUGGCGCAGCAAACUUGGAAAGUCUCGCUGGACCUCUUGGCGAAUGGUGACCUCUCCUUCGCCGGUUCGGGGCUGAAAGUCCUUGGCGUGCUGUUCUCCUGUCACCUCGUUGGCUGCGUGGAGACGUGGUUCUACACUGCCCUGCGCUUGAACCUCUGCUCUGCAGCUGCAGAGUUUCCCCGAGCGUCACGAGGUGCAGCAAACAUCGUCAAACAGAGAGGCAGUGGACUGCAUGGACCGCAGGUGGCACUUGACCAACAUGACCGUGUGGUGUUUUACAAGCCCAGUGGCUGGGAGGUGUACGGUGGGCAUAACCAGCUUCAGCUGGUGGAAGUUGCCAAGAGCCUGUUUGGCCACCAAGCUCUUUUUGAUGAUGUCACCCAUCACCAUGGAUUUCUGCAUCGUUUGGAUGUUCCAAGCUCUGGCUUGGUGCUGUUGGCCAAAACUCCUUGGGCCUUCUACGAUCUCCAGGCUCAACUGCACGCUGGGCGUUUGGUUCGGGAGUACCAAGUCUUGUGCCAUGGAUGGCUCACACGCCACGAGAUCACAGUCGGGGUAUUUUGGCUUGGUGGCCUGCCCUCUACCUGCGGCUCUGGGCGGCCCAGUAAGACCAUCGUCCAGCAGCAAAGCCACUUGCAGCACCCUGAGAUGAACAGCCUCAGUCAGCUGAGUAUGAGACUUGUGACGGGCAGGAAGCAUCAAAUCCGUUGUCAUUUAGCUCACGUGGGCCAUCCUGUGGUGAGCGACAUGGUAUACCAGAGUUUGGCGACCUGUCAAAUGGACCUCGUGAAGCAUGCCGACAAUUGCCUGCAUCGGCAUAGGCUCGUCUUUGAGGACAGCGCUGGUAAUUCGUGUGAGGCCACUUGGCCUUUGCCACGGACAUUUCAAGAGCUGGUUGCCACAGCAGUCCGGAAAAGAGUACCACACAAUAUCACUGCAGUGUGGGGGGCUGGCUCUGAGUCACACAUGGUAAGAGGAUGA